GGUUCAUUCAAUGUCGGUGUAAAAUCAAUCUGACAUAUUUUCUAAACGAAUUCAAUUUACCAAUGAACUGUAAAGUUUAUAAUUCUCAUUUAUUGGAAAUGUCGGAAGUCAGUAAUGUCAGGAAUCGAUCGUGUCUUGGAUAAGCCGUACUGGCAAUAAUCAAUAAGCUAAGGUGUUACAUCCCGAUCAGAAUACACAACGAGCAAACAUGUCUUCGCUAAGGAGUAAAAUUAAGGGGAAACAGGUAGAAAUACUGAUGGAAGAGAAUGCUUGUUUCUAUGAUCUGACCUAUUACCUUAAUGGUUGCACUAAUCAAAAUCCAGAUGCCGAUGAAGAUGAACGGCAAAUAACACCCACAUUGAAUAUGUUAAACAUUAGUUAUGACGUCUCUGAGUAUAUAGGACCUUGGUGGAAAGGUGCUUGUUUUCGGCAAAAGAAACAGAAGCGAGUUCUAAAUGAUAUAAAUGUACAGUUCAGAAGUGGGGAGCUCACAGCUAUACUUGGAAGUUCAGGUUCAGGAAAAACCUCUCUUUUGGACAUAAUUGCCUCGAGAUCAAAUGGACGAGUUGGCGGGAAAGUGUACUACAACAAUUAUCUGUGUACAGCGGAAGUCAUUAAACAAUAUGCCGCCUACGUUAUGCAAGCAGAUCGUCUUCUUCAUAAUCUUACAGUUCGAGAAACUAUAAGAUAUGCAGCACUUCUCAGAUUGCCAGGAAAAAUGGGCAGCAAAGAAAUUGAUGAAAAGGUUGACAAGGCUAUUGCAGAAAUGGGAUUAAAACAUGUAGCAGACUCGAGAGUUGGUGGCUCUGUAGUCCGAGGAAUCUCCGGUGGCGAAAGACGACGAGUAACUAUAGCAAUUCAACUUCUUCAAGACCCUAAAAUCCUUCUCUUAGACGAGCCAACUACAGGACUGGACAGUUGUACAACCCGCCAUCUUGUGUCAAGUUUAUCAGACAUUGCUCACAAUGGUAAAAUAGUGAUUUUGACAAUUCACCAGCCUCGUUCUGAUGUCUUUAAAAUGUUUGAUAAGAUAGGGCUCCUGAGUAUGGGAGAGAUGGUAUACUUCGGAAAAUCGGGACAAAUGGUGGAAUAUUUCCAAGACCUCGGCUACCCUUGCCCUACGUAUGCUAGUCCAUUUGAUCACUACGUCGAUCUUGCCAGCAUUGACAGGAGGAAUCAUGAACGUGAACUUGAAACUAUGUCUAAAGUUCAGAAGCUAGUUCAAGCUUUCUCCAAUUCUUCAAUCAAUGAUGAAAAUAUUCACAGCAUUGAAGAAGAAACCAUGAGACAUUCGACAAGGAGGACUAUGUUGUUUUUCUUUAAACCUCAGCCUCCGAGUUUGAUGCGGGUACUUUAUUGUUUGAUUGGUCGAAUGCUUGUGAAUCUGAAAAGGGACAGAACUAUAUACAUGUCCCGUUUGGUAAUGUUAUCAUUGUUUGUGCCGUUUGUAUGUGCUUUUCUGGGACAUAUUAAGACAGAUCAGAAAUCUAUCCAGGACAGAAUUGGACUUAUGUACCAGUCAGUUGGUGUACCAACAUAUGUUGGGAUUCUAAUUGCUGUCGGCGUGUUUCCACCAUUAAGAGACCUGUAUUUCAGAGAAUGUCGGGAUGGUCUGUAUUCGACUACGUCUUUCCUACUGUCAUAUGCUAUACAUAUCAUCCCAUUCCAAGCAAUAUCAGCCAUGAUAUUCAGCAUUAUAGUUUAUUGGGUGACGGGACUACAUCCUUCGUGGAGCAGAUUUGCUAUAUACUAUGCCACUAUAUUUGUUCUGCAUUUUAUUGGAGAGAUUAUGACAGUAGGUGUCAUGGGAGUAUUCUUCAAUCCACAGAUCGCCAACAGUACAUCAGCUUUAAUUCUGUCAGCUUCAGUACUCAUAGCAACAGGAUUUCUUAGAUCGUUUCCAAGUAUGCUGGACAUAUUUCAGUGGGGCAGUUGGCUAAGCGUUAUGAAAUACAGUGCCGAGAUUCUCGUAGCGAAUGAAUUUAGUGGACUUAAUUUCACUUGUCCGCCGAUGCCAAAUAUACCAUGUCAGUAUCCAACCGGAGAGAAAUAUUUGGCCGAUUAUUAUCCGGAUGCUGUAGAGCACAUGAGAAGAAACUUUUGGGCAUUGGGUGGUUUCAUGGUGUCGUUUCUCUUUUUCACAAUAGUUGCCUUUAAAAUAAGAGGCAUACCUAAUAUGCAUUAAAACUAUUCUCCCAAAUCGGGCAGAUUCAAAAUGGGCAGGGUGGGUGUGCAUGAACCAAUAACAUCAAAAGUGACAAUUUGAUUAAAGUCGCACAAAGCACUACACGGAGUGGUAAUUUCUGGUGACACCCCCACUACACCCAUAUAUCUGAAUCUGCUCUUGGAAGUCUUUCAUGAAAUCAAGGCGGAUAAAGUGGUACAAAAGCGGUAUGAAUGAACCGAAAUUGGAAAAAUAUUCUUAUAUAAAGUAAAAGUUCAAUACAAAAUGUAUAAAGACAUUAACAAUGGUGCAGAUUACUUUGAACAGUUUAGGUGACUUGCCAUUAUUAACCACAUUUGUCAGAUCCGCGAUUAUAAGUCUUUCAAACAAACAACGAUGGCUAGUUUACUAAAGAACAUUCAUUUAGUUUAUAGAUUUUUUUUUUUAACAUGCUGUAAAGCAAAAACUUUUAAAAAUCUCGUAACAUUGUUUAUAAAAUUAGGCUGCUUGCAACAGUUGAUACUCUUUAUCAAUAAAUCCUCAAUGUUUACAAUUCUAAUAUGAUGAGUGUAUUAAGAAAUGACCCCGAGUCAUCACUGUAUGUGACCAGUAACUAUUUUCAGAGAAAAUCCAGUACAUGUGAUGAAAAUAAUAACUUAUUUUCUCUAACUCUUCGUCAAUUUAUCCCUUUCUGCACCCAUUGUAUAAAAAAAAUUUAAUCAACGUGUGGUUCAUUUGAUCUGUUAUUCAUUGGUUAAAAUCCGAUUAUGACGUCGAAUUUUCUUGCUUUCCUCUGAAUUUCCUAUUGUGACGGCAUGAAAAAAGGCGACCAUGCCUGAUGACGUCACAUAAAAAGAACACAUCUUUUUGCAGAUCAUUCGAAAAGACGGAAUAAAUUUGCCUGCGUAUUGUUUGAAAAUCAUUAGAGAAACAGAUUCCACCACCAAAUCUCGUGUAAUACGAUAUUUAUCCACUCUCGACAGUUAAAUUUUAAAUAUUUAAAACGCUCGGCGAGCCUCGCGUUUUAAAUUUGAAAAUUUAACUGUCUCGAGUGGAUAAAUAUGCGUAUUAUGGUAUACAAAUGUCCGGCGUCCGUCCGUCUGUCCGUCCGUCUGUCUGUCCGUCCGUCUGUCUGUCCGGCGUAAACAUGUCGCACCGUAACUUGAGAAUGACUUAUCCAAAUUUCAUGAAACUUAACAUAGUUGUUUCUUAUGAUGGUCAAACGAUCUGUAUACUUUUUGGUGAAAAUAAGAUUAAAACUUUUUGAGUUACGGGACUUAGUAACUAAAACAGGUGUGUGUUUUUUUUCACAUGUCGCGCCGUAUCUCAAAAACAAUUUAUGAUUAUUGCUUAAAACUUUACACACUUCUUAGUUAUAUUAAUCUUAAGAUCUGUAUACUUUUUGGUGAUGAUUCAAAAUUUUAUUUUAGAGAUAUUGAGUAUUUUGUUAAAAAAGGGGGAGGGGUUUUUCACAUGUCGCGCCAUAUCUCAAAAACAGUUUAUGAUUAUUGCUAAAAACUUUACACACUUCUUAGUUAUAUUAACCUUAAGAUCUGUAUACUUUUUGGUGAUGAUUCAAAAUUUUAUUUUUGAGUUAUUAAGUAUUUUGUAAAAAAAGGGGGAGGGGUUUUCACAUGUCGCACCGUAUCUCAAAAACGAUUUAUGAUUAUUGCUUAAAAUUUUACACACUUCUUAGUUAUAUUCAUCUAAAGAUCUGUAUACUUUUUGGUUUUGAUUCAAAAUUUUAUUUUAGAGAUAUUGAGUUUUUUGUAAAAAAAAAGGGGGAUUUUGGCAUGUCACGCCGUAUGUCAGAAACUAUUUAUGCUUAUUGCAUAAAAAUUCACACACAAGACGACGGGCGUUUUUCAUCAAAGGACUUCUCUAACUAAAAUUAUUUAUUUUUUAUACGAAAAACAAUUUGUAACUUUACUUCCAACAGAAUGUUUUUUUGUUGGUUAAAAUACCUCUUUUGCUCUUUUACAAUGACCGACCACAACUGCGAUUUUCAGCUUUCAUAAGCCAUAUAGUAUUUUUCCAACCUCAACAUAUAUACAUAGAGCUUUGAUAGUCAUACUGCGAAUCUUAGUUGAUUGAAAAACUUUUUGAAAAGGGCCCUGGUGUGAAAUUUAUUCAGGGUAUUGGCCAUACAUAUCUAAAUUCGGGCAUUGGAAUCUCUUAGAUUUCUCCUAUUAUCUGGUAUAAGUAAAAAAAUCGAUACUCAAAUUACAUCUAUAACUUGAAUGAAUUACGAGAUGAUUGUUUUAUUAAUUGAUUUAUUGUUUUUUUUUUUGUUAUGUUAUAUGAGAAACUGUAUUUAAUAAAAUAAAAAUGUUGAUAUCGUUAA